AUGCGUUCUAUUUUCUUCUUUGUCUGCUGCUGCUUGGCGUUGGCGGGGGCGUCUGCGACGUCGACGCUGAUGGCGGAGACGGAGGGCGAAAAGAUUGCCGUGCCUACCGAGGUGGCUGCGAUCCACAUCGUGUACACCGAGAGGCCGGAGGAUGAUGAUCCAGAGGCCUACCAUGUCAAAACCCUCACUUCUGUCCUCGGAAGGUCCGAUCGUGUCUUCAGGCGAUCAAUUUGAUCCGAUCCUCGCCUCUUCUUUGUUUCUCCCUUCUAGCUUAUGAAUUUCUUAAUGAUUGCCCGAUUUCGUUUGUGUGAGCAGUGAGGAAGCGGCUAGAGAGGCCCUCGUCUAUAGUUACAAGACUGCAGUCAGUGGUUUCUCCGCUAAGCUUACCCCCCAGCAAGUCGCCGAGAUUUCGAGUAGGGUUACCUUUCCUUCUCAUCAUCAUGCGUAUUUUUAUUUUAUCUUUGGAACGAUUGGGCCAUUCAAAUCAAUUCUAUUCGUCCUCUAUUUAUCGAGUUCCCUUUAAUUGGUGAUAAUGCUGAGUCUUUUUACAGCUUUAGGGCUUUAUUUUCUUAGUUCUUCACACAAGAAUUUGUUGUAUCAAAAAUGUUGAUCAUAUCGUCUGUUAAUCAUUGCCUUUUUUUAUAAAAAAAAUGAAGCCUUAGGAUUCAACGUAGAGCAACGCUCUCCGAGUUGUCUAUUGUGUUAGGAGUUUAGUGUAGAGAUCAUUAUUUUAGAUUUUUAAUAGUAUGAUUGCUAACAUUUUCCACCUGGUUCCUAUCUCUUAUUGUCUCUCUAUUUGUGAAAGAAAUGUGCCUCAUCGGUGCAAGCUUUGCAUGCCCAUGGAUUUGGUCAAUUUUCUGAGAGAUGAAAAAUAUAGAAACCUCAAUUUACUACUAUAUCUGUAUUAGAUCUUCGGGGUCACGUAUUUAGAGAUAACAUCAUAGAAAAGGCUAUCUAAUGGUUGGUAGUUUUUAUUCAGUCCCUAAUUGUCAUAUUCUCUUUAAACGGCUUUAGCUAUGAAACUUUGAUAAAUCCCAUGUGGAUCCAGAACUUGCUUAUUUGGACAGAAAAUUAUGUCGCACAAGUCGUUCAGAUCAGUUACUUUAGGAAGGUAAAUGAGAUUUACGAGUAGAUAGGAAAAUAGGAAGCGUCGUUGUGUUGUUAAAUCUCUAAAACCUUUGACCUAGGCAGUGGCUAUUUCAUUUAAAAUGCAUGGCUACGUUAAUAUUUCAUUUAUUUCCACCAAACCCCUUUUUUCUUGAUAAUUUAGAUCAUAAUCCACUCGUAUGAUUCUUCAAUCCUCUAUUUGACUACAAAUGUUCGUCAUUCUUGCCACUUUUGGAGGAAAUCUUGACCUUAUUCCAAGGUUAUGAGGUUUCAGAUCAUUUUCUGAAGCCUUUAAGAAAUCAUUUGACUUCUAUUGUGGCAGCGCAGAGUCGGAUUGACAGUUGAUCCCUCUGAAUCCUUCCUGAUGAAAAGCAUAUUAGGUUUAUUCCAUCGUCAUUCUCAUGGCAGAAACUUUGUCAGAAACUUUCUGGGUCAAUUUUAUGCUUUGACAAGAUUAGGUUAGGCGUCUGCCAUCUGAAAAGAUCAGCUAGCUGUCGAAAUCUGUUUAUUUUCUUCUACAGAUGCUUUGAUGCUGAACUGAAUAAUAUCGUCCUAAUGCAUUAUCUUCGUUAAUUAAGUUAAUGUUUGCCUAUCUUAUGAUCUACCUCGUAUAUUGAUCACUGAAUUCCUGGAAUAAUCAUCCUUAUUUUCCAUUUUUUCCAAUAUCAUUUUGCAAGAGCAAGCUUGUUAGGUAGGAAUAAAUCUUGUUCACCCAGAGCAAGAGGUGUCCUUUCGACUGUUGCUCCAGAUUUCCGACUUACUCAACCGCGAGUGUCAUCUGUAAUCAGUUUCCAAAUAAUUUCAUUCAGUUCGGAUUCAUAAGCCCAUACCCAUACAUCUUGGCCAUGAAAUUUAUAUCAUGAACAGCAUACCCAACUUCAAUUAUCUCUCCAGUAAAUAAAUAAUCAUUCCCCCCGCUCUCUCUUUCUCUCUCUCUCUCUCUCUCUCUCUCUCUCUCUCUCUCAUGGUUGAUUUUUUUUUCGAAGCAAGCUGUCCAAUCACAAGCUUUCUCUCUGUCUUCUUCCUUGUUCUUUCUUCUUCUCCAGAGCAACCCGGUGUUCUUCAUGUUGCGCCCAGCAGGACGCUCCAGCUUCACCCAGGAACUGGUAGACCCCACCGUAUGUAG